GGUGAGUCCGGGUGCGAUGGGAGAGCUGGCGAUGACUCUGUGUUUGUGUGUGUGUAGGGGAGGUACGACAAGCGGGGUGUGAAGAUUCCAGAAGGGCUUCGUGUAUGGACUUCCUGCCUUGGAGGUAGCAGAAUAUUCAGCAGAAGGAAAGACUGCUACUUGUUCCAGGAUUGGGCUGAAUACUUCGGAUGUGGCCUAUCAUCUUUCUCACCGAUGUUGAAUGUGGACUUCUUGAUAUCUCGAGGGCUUUGACAUUUCCUCUUCAUCUGCAUCUCAAUCAAGUCCCAUACCCCUGGCUCUAUUUUCAAGGCUUCUUACACACUGAAAUACCUUAGCCAAAUACAUUUUUGGCCAAAGCUUGAGUCCUCUUGCGAGACUUUCUUUUCUGGCGAGGCUGCCAUCACCUGAUUUGGGUCUUGGCUGUUAGCUUCAAGGAAAGAUGGAAGUAGCUGAUCCAAAGCUGUAACUACUAUAUAUGAAAGAAAAGAUGAAAAGGAGUAUGCACUGAAGCAAAUUGAAGGUACAGGGAUAUCGAUGUCGGCCUGUAGAGAGAUUGCACUUUUACGAGAAUUGAAGCACCCCAAUGUGAUUGCAUUACAGAAGGUUUUCCUUUCUCACAGUGAUAGAAAGGUUUGGCUGCUGUUUGAUUAUGCCGAACAUGAUUUGUGGCAUAUUAUCAAGUUUCACCGUGCCUCAAAAGCAAAUAAAAAGCCCAUGCAGUUGCCAAGAUCUAUGGUUAAAUCACUACUCUACCAGAUCCUUGAUGGAAUCCAUUACCUCCAUGCAAACUGGGUGCUUCACAGGGACCUGAAACCAGCAAACAUUCUGGUAAUGGGAGAAGGUCCUGAAAGAGGAAGAGUCAAAAUAGCUGACAUGGGUUUUGCAAGAUUGUUCAAUUCACCUCUGAAACCUUUAGCAGAUUUGGAUCCAGUUGUGGUGACGUUCUGGUAUAGAGCUCCAGAACUGUUACUUGGUGCCAGACAUUACACAAAAGCAAUUGAUAUAUGGGCAAUUGGGUGUAUAUUUGCUGAGCUAUUGACUUCAGAACCUAUUUUUCACUGUCGUCAGGAAGACAUCAAAACGAGCAAUCCUUUUCAUCAUGAUCAGCUAGACCGCAUUUUUAGUGUAAUGGGAUUCCCAGCAGAUAAAGACUGGGAAGAUAUAAGGAAGAUGCCAGAAUAUCCCACACUUCAAAAAGACUUUAGGAGAACAACAUAUGCCAAUAGUAGCCUCAUAAAAUACAUGGAGAAACACAAAGUCAAGCCUGACAGUAAAGUUUUCCUUUUGCUUCAAAAACUUCUUACUAUGGAUCCUACGAAGAGAAUUACCUCAGAGCAGGCUUUGCAGGACCCCUAUUUCCAGGAGGAUCCAUUGCCUACGUCAGAUGUGUUUGCUGGCUGCCAGAUUCCUUAUCCAAAACGAGAAUUCCUCAAUGAGGAUGAACCCGAAGAAAAAGGAGAUAAGAAUCAACAGCAACAGAAUCAACAUCAGCAACAAACAGCACCUCAGCAGCAACCGCAAGCAGCACCUCAGCAACAGCAGCAGCAGCAAAACAGUACCCAGACAAAUGGGACUGCAGGAGGAGGUGGAGCAGGAGGAGGCGGCACUGGGGCAGGACUUCAGCACAGCCAGGACUCCAGCCUCAAUCAGGUGCCUCCAAAUAAGAAACCACGCAUAGGGCCUUCAGGCACUAACUCAGGCGGGCCUGUCAUGCCUUCAGAUUAUCAGCACUCCAGUUCACGCCUGAGUUACCAAAGCAACAUUCAGGGAUCUUCUCAGUCCCAGAGUACAAUGGGCUAUUCCACAUCAUCUCAACAGAGCUCUCAGUAUCAUCAGUCUCAUCAGUCUCAUAGGUACUGAGACCUAAUAGACUGCGCUUAGAAAGGAAUGGACUAAAAGUCAAAAGACUCCAGCAAUAUGAAGUUCCUAACAAUGAGAAGAACCAAAAAUGCAAACUGUGAUACAGAUUUAAAAUUCACAAUUAUAAAAGGAAAACUUUAUUUACUGAAGAUUUUUUUUUCAAUGACUCUGUUCCUUCUUUAUUGCCAUAAAGGAGAUUCUUGUGAAGUGCCCCCCGCCCUCCUGCGCGCUUCCCUCGCAUGUGUUCCAUUGUGGUAACUCUAAUGAAACCGUCUGAUCUGAACCCAGCACUUAACUUCUUUAACCUAUGGAAUUUUUGAAGGAUUCCUGGUGCACCUUUCUCAUGCUGUAGUGAUUGCCAUAAAUCUAUCUUUUCAAAUCUCUUUAAUGGGAUUUUAAAGUUUUAAAAUCUUGAACUCCCAGGCUUUCAAGCUUGUAUAUAGUUAGUUUUAUACUAGGCAAACCAGUUUAGCUAUACAGGUAUAAUGCACCUUUUAAAAGCACUAUGUUUUUUUCACAGGAUAUUACUGUUUUCCUCAUGGAUGUCAAGAACAGCAAAUUUUACUGUUCCAGAGUAUUUUACUAUUCUGUUUGUAUUAGUCUAGUUUUCAGGCGAUGUCUUAGGGAAAAAACAAAAACAAAAAAAACCCAACCCAAGUCUCUGCAGCAGCUAAUGUGCUUCAUGGUACUGGACUGUACACCAAACAGAAGAUUGUGAAUGUUUCCUAAAUCUUUCAUAUUGAAUCCCAUACAUAUUAUGACCAUGUUCUGAGUAAUGCUGAAUUAAGCAUUAUUUUAAACUAAAGCAUGAUACUUACAUGAAAAGGGGAUGCUUUUGGAGCGCCAUUGGAACAGAGGAAUGGAAUGUAACAGAACGUCUUCUCUGGCUGGGCACGCAAAAUAGCCAGGAAAAUAUAUUUAGUGCCCUAUGAUCUCAGUAGAAGAGAGAAUGUGGUUGAGGACUUAUACUAGUCCUUGCUUAAAAAAACAAAACAAAACAAAACAAAAAACCACUUCUUUAAUGUGUGUGGGAGCUCUAUAUAAUCUCCCUUUGUCAGUUUCCCUGAAUCAAUUAUCUAAAUAUAAGACAACAAAAAUGUAAAGGAUUAUAAAAUAAAAAACAAAUAAUUGUCCAUUUUUA